GUGGGUGGGGCCGCACAUCUGGGCGGGGCGGGGCGGGGCAGCCGGGCAGUGACUCCGGCGGGGCCGGCGUGGAGCAUCCCAGAGCCGGUGCGAGCGGCGCCCGAGCCGAGUCAGGACCAUGCCCAAGUGCCCCCGCUGCCAGAAGGAGGUCUACUUCGCGGAGAAGGUGACUUCUCUGGGGAAGGACUGGCACCGGCCCUGCUUGAGAUGCGAGAAGUGUAACAAGACCCUGACGUCUGGUGGCCAUGCAGAGCACGACGGCAAACCAUACUGCAACCACCCCUGCUAUGCCGCCUUGUUCGGGCCCAAAGGGUUUGGCCGGGGAGGAGCCGAGAGCCACACGUUCAAAUAAACCUCAGGUCUGGCGGUUCCCAACACAGCCUGAAGACAGCACCAACGCACGGCAACAGACAUGCAUUUUUGUUUUUAAUUCACUGUGUACUAGACUAGCACAUUCAAAGCAAUAAGUAACCAAGGCUGGGGCUGGUGCGGAGAGGGGCUCUGCUCCAGAUGGAGCGCUGCCGGAGUGGGGGCGUUGAGACGCCCUGCUGGAUAGGAAAUUUGGCCAGUAUCGCUGGAGAACGCCUGGAGAAAAGACCGCACCCUUCCAGCCAAAACCCAGCCCUGCUUUUGGCACCCGGUUCUUGUGGCUGGGCCCACAGUUGUAUUCUCAGUCUUUAAUAAAGCCAGACUGAGAGAAGCUUCA